GACUUCAGAUUUUAAUUCUAUUUAUAUUUAUUUUGAAAUUGUUCUCUUUAUAUCUAUGCAAAAUUUUUCACAUGUAACUUUGGGAAAAACGGAAAGAAAAGUUGUGCAAAAAUUGGAAGGCAUUUCUUUACGAAUUGUCAAGGCAUAAAUAAAGCUAGCGCCAAUGGAAAAUCAAGUCCAAAGAAGCGAGACUAGGGGUCAGUGCUGCAGCUGUUGCUACCCAUGUGCGAAGCUAUUCCAAAAUUCCAGAUUCAGCCUGUUACAUGAGCCCGUAAACGAUUUUUUCAAAUCACAAUGGCAAAAAGGCGAGUGUUCCAAAAUAUUCCUGAUAUAUCGCUGGUGCUUUGCAGCCUGGUUCGCUGUCACAAUGGGGCUUAGCUUGGAACAGUUCUUCUUCGAGGGCAAAUGGUUUAUUUAUUUUACAAAUUGGGGAUUUUUGCUCUGUACACUGGUGUCCAUCUAUAGUGCCAUAUUGGUAUCAAUAUAUUGUUUCACAGCACCUAAAGCACCCUGCCCGCUAUGGAUGGUGAAAUUGUACUGGGCCCUGCACAUUUCGGCGUUUGCAUGUGCAACUGGACUGUCAUUUAUCUACUGGAUCUUAAUAUAUCCAUUUGCGAAGUGUCAAAUACCUGAGGGAAUACAUCGAAAUGAAAUCCUAAAAAUUUAUCGGCGCUUUUAUGUUGGCCCCGAUAGUAAUACUUGCAUUACUUUCUUUCACAACAUCAAUUCACACGCAAUUACUUCAAUAAUGAUGAUUUUAGACCAGAUUGUGGUCGUAUUCCCUACACGCGUUUCGCAUUUGAUCUAUCCGGUAUUUGUUGUCAUGCUGUAUAUACUUUUUUCAAUAGUCUACUUUCUGAUGGGCGGCGAAAAUGUCAUUGGUAGGCCGUAUAUAUAUAGACUUCUUAAUUGGGGCGGACACCCUUUUUACUCAUCCUGUGUCGCCUUUGGCGGCAUCUUGUUUUUAUAUCCAAUGUGUCUUUUCGGCUACUUUAUUUAUAAAAUUCGCGUAUGUUUAAGUUCCAGCAAAUAAAUAAAUAUUAACCUUAAAAAGUUUAAUUCGAAGAAAUUGA